UGUGAGGGUGGUACUACUAUAAUUGGGAAGUUGACUGACGUUUACCGGCUGACUUGGAGGAAAUCCGUUUCGAGAAUACAAGGGCCAGGAGAGCUUCUCCGUCUGCUGACAGACACGAAGCAGGCUAAAUAAACGCAUAUCAAUCCUUAUUUCGGCUAGUGGGAAUAUAUAAAUAAUAAUUUUGAAGAUGGUUUGUGGAGGAUUUACAUGUUCAAAAAAUGCUCUUUGUUCUCUUAACGUGGUGUACAUGCUGGUGGGGCUGCUGCUCAUCGGCGUGGCGGCCUGGGGAAAGGGCUUCGGGAUCGUCUCCAGCAUCCACAUCAUCGGCGGGGUGAUCGCAGUGGGCUUCUUCCUGCUCCUCAUUUCCAUCGUGGGGCUCAUCGGCGCGCUCAACCACCACCAAGUCAUGCUCUUCUUUUAUAUGGUCAUUCUCUUCCUGGUGUUCCUCUUCCAGUUCGGAGUGUCUUGUUCUUGUCUGGCUAUGAACCGCGGACAGCAGGAGAAGCUGCUGAACACCACCUGGGACAUGAUGAGCAACGACACCAAGAAGAGCCUGGAGCAGCAGCUGGACUGCUGCGGCCUGGUCAACUCCACGCUCAGCCAGGAGCAGUUCAAAGUCGACGUCCAGCUCUGCACCGCGCCAUGUAAAACCUCACCUGCGGGCAAGUGUCUCACCUGCGGGGACAAGAUGCUCCAGCACUCCGCCGAAGCCCUGAAGAUCCUCGGGGGCGUCGGCCUCUUCUUCAGCUUCACCGAGAUCCUGGGCGUGUGGCUGGCUGUACGCUACAGGAACCAGAAAGACCCCAGAGCAAAUCCCAGUGCUUUUCUAUAGAUGCACGCACUGGCAAUAUGGAGAGGAAAAACACACACACACACACACACACACACACACAGAAUUAACACACAAACGCACAAUAAGCAACCCAUAGACACGCAGACACAUACUGAUAAUGGCCACACUGAGACACAUUUGCACAAACUUUAUCCGAAACGUGGAGACAUGCCAACACGCACCGAUGGAUAUUCAAUCCAGAGCUUCUUUCGGCCAUUUUGUACUGAGCCCUACCUACGCUGUACGUGUGAGCCAUGUGUGUGCGUAUGCAUAUGGUGUAUGUGACGUAUGACGCACAUGUACAACGCAACACGUGUAUUUAUAAAUGUCUCCAUAUUGUACUGACCUUGCCCUUUGCAAACAAAAGCGUUGGAAAAUGCACACAUGCAGCCAUAUCCACAAAGGCUGUCUGCACAGCAGUUCCUGAUGCGUUACUUUCCUCGCGUAUGAUUGGAUGGUUGCCUGCAUUCACGGCCCUCCGAACACUACCAUUGGCCUGCUUUGCUCACGCCCCCUCCCUCCACCUUUCUGCCAUCCUUGACGUGUGCGCAGUAACAAGCAGGAUAGCCAACUCGUUGUGCAGCAGACCUCUUAUUUUUAUUUUGUUUUCUUUUUGGAAUAACAAAAGGAUUUAGCAGUCCUGGAAACUGCACGGUCUCACCGCCCUGCAGUCCUCUGCCACGGUCCCACUCCUGUGCAUUUUCAUCAUGCCCAGACGAUGUGUCCUUCAUCCCACUACAGAAGGCAGAGGCGCUUUCCCGUGCCAAGGCUAAAAUGAUGAGUUUGAAUGCUUCCUUCUCAACCCUUUUUUUGGACAAGAUUUGCGGACAGGUCGUUUCGAUACUGUGACCUCACGCGAAAUCACUCACAAGGAAUACAGUUUUUAUUUAUGUAUAUUGUUUGUGUAUAUAUACCUGAAGUUUGCGCGCUCGGCAAACCUUUAUGUUGCAUCUCGCCACGUUCUAAAUCUGGCCAAACUGCGAGAAUAUUCCGUAUGGUCGCCAUGGAUACGUUUGUUUCUCAGCGCAGAGGGAGAACGCGGGCAGUGAAAUGAAGGACUGGGGGAUUGCGAAUGGAUAGCUCCUCUCUCUCCCUCUCUCCCUCUCCCUCUCCCUCUCUCCCUCUUUCUCUCCCUCCCUCCCCGCUCUGACGGUUGCGCCGUGAGACCUACGGGAGAAGGGCGGAGCCGAGCCCGUUUCCUUGGCGGCGACCCCACGGACGCGUCUAACUUGGCAUAACCGCACGCUAUUCGUGUAGCCUGCUCCCUCUUUUCUCAGGGGCUCUUUUCGUUGAGAUUUUUUGAAUUUGGUAAAUUAGCCGAAGUGGAAAAAGCCCUCUACAUGCUUAACACGCAGGAAGUAGUUGCUCCUACAAGGUACCGUAACGUGAAUUGCUACAGUACGAAGACUAGGGGUGUCCUCCUCGCUUAUCGGACAAGUAAUGCAUAAAGGGUUUAAGACACUGUCUCGGUCCGUUUCCCUUACUUAAUUCUUUCAUCCUAAUUCCCCAGUAGAGG